UUUUUUUCAGCCUGCAGCCUUCCUGGAGAGUCCAUUAAAGCUACUAGUGGUCACAUAUCCAGCCCCAAUUUUCCCAACAACUUUGACGCAAACAGGAAUUGUAUCUGGAAUAUCACGGUACCCGGUGGGAAAAUCAUCAAACUGACCUUCUUGAAAUUUACCCUGGUAGCAGAUGAAAAUGAUGACUGUGCUGGAGCGGCAGCAGAUAGCGCCCGAGUCUUUAUCACAAACGUUGCCUCCCAUGGAGGGAAUCCUAAUGACUUUAAGAUCUGUGGUCAAAAACUUCCCCCUCCUGUGUACUCCGAGGGAAAUUUCAUUCAAGUGAGAUUUCAAUCUGGCACCGGCCUUGUAAACAAAGGGUUCAAUGCAUCCUUUGAGGCGAUAGAUGGAGAUUCACGUAAGAGCUUAUCUUCUAUGGUAGUUUAUUAA